AUGGCCAAACAAAACCAAUUCUCAUUCCUCACAUCAGCUGCUCUUUUGGUCAUUAUAGUUUCUGUUUCGGAAACGCUUUGUCGCCCUCUUGAAGAGGAACACUUGUUAAAGCAACAUGAGGAGUGGAUGGCCAUCCACGGGCGUGUCUACAAGGAUGCGGUCGAAAAGGCAAAACGGUAUGAGAUAUUUAAAGAGAACGUUAAGCGCAUCAACGCCUUUAAUAAUGGUAAGGACGUGGGGUAUAAAAUGGCUGUGAAUAAGUUCGCAGACCUAACCAAUGAGGAGUUCCGCGCUUCCUACACCGGCUACAAGAGGAGGCCCACAAGAGUCCUGUCCUCUGGCGAAAAAAAACCGUUCAAGUAUGCCAACUUCACCGCCAUUCCAGCUGCCUUAGACUGGCGAACCAAGAAGGCUGUGACACCUGUUAAGGAUCAAGGCAACUGUGGUGAGUGGAAAAUCAAAACUUGUCCUGCGAAAAUGUCAAAAUUCUCAUGUCGUACUCAAGCUGUUGAAAAGAGGCAACAAUUGUGCAUAUAG